AUGGCUGAUGGACCAGAUAAAAAACGCAGAAAGCUGACAAGUGCUCUCAAAGACGCAAUCGGAGCGCACUCGCAAAAACCUGAGGAAAACAUAGAAAAACCAAUUGCUCUCGCACUUAUUAGCGACAACAAGGCCGCGCAAGACCUUCUCAACAAAAUUCAAGCCAGUCGGCGCCCGCAAGCGAUUUUGGAGGCAACUUUGAAGAUCUGUAAGGAGAAGAAAUCCGAAGCGCACGUUGAUGAAGCGUUUCUUUCAAUUUUCCGCAAACAUUUCUCGAUUCUCGGUGUGGAUUCUGCCUUGGCAUGCUGGAAAUUGAUCGAAGAACAUCUCAAUUCUUCAGAAUCAAUAAACGAAAUCAGAAUUGCUAACGAGUUCAUCAGUACCUCUAAUCUUCUUGGCCAUGGUUUCGGAAAACUUCUGCAAAACAUGAAGCAAGGAAUUCCUGUGGUAAUUCAGAAUACGUGGAGACAAGAACGUAAAGCGGACGCCUUAGCUCUUGCCUAUCCCUUCCUAAGCCUCCUCCUAGCUGAUCAGGUAUAUGGAGACCAUCAAAAUCUUGAAUCUUUGGCAGAAUUCUGGAAAAAUCAAGUUUUACCGGAGAAAUCCAUGAAAAAAGAUUUUGGAAUGAGAAUGGUCAGUGCUUUAGCCGGCGGUGAGCCUGGACAGUUGCCAGAAACGAAAAUCGACGAGAAUCAACUUGAAAUGCUCUCAAAGAUCUACGAAAAUCAUCUGGAAUUCUACACUGGAAUUCUCUCAGAAUCCACGUGCUCUCAGCUUCUUGCCAAAGUAAUUGAGGAUAAUUUAGCCAAAAAUGAGCUAAAGCAACUUGCCCGUCGAUGCCAAACUGCUGAAGUAUGCAUGUCCCCGUGCAUUUACUACGCGAUGAUUUCAGUUUUACGGAGCACUUUUGACCUCAACGAUUCGGAGCUCAUUUUCAUCGAAAACUUGAAAACGUUGAAACUAAAAGAAAUCACAAAGCAUCUCCCUUCAAUCAUCAAUUCCUGCUCCAACACUCGCCAAAUUACCGCUAGCAAGAAGCUUAAAAAUCUCGAAAAUCUUCAGGAUUUCCUUCACAAUGUCACAGAAAAACCGGAAAACGACAAUUUCUCGGCUGCUUUUGCCCUUCUUUCAAUCAAUAUUUCACUAAUCUUCGAUAACUGGAACUUUUGCGAGAAAAUCCUGAAAACUCUACCGAAGGACGUUCUGGAAAAGCUGAUAAAAGCAGGAAAGGGAUCUGAAAAUGAGAAUAUUUUGAAGGUUUUCAAGAAAGUGGCUCAGGAAGCUGCUCCAGUCAAAUUUGUGAAUAGAACCGCCGCGGAUGUCGCUGAGAAGCUCCGAGAGCCGGAAUUUGCAGUGGCAGAAGCCUUAAGCUUGCUCCAAGGAGUUCAUACAGCGGAGACGAAAAAGGAAGUCUUUGAUUCUGUUGUAAAAUUCGUCGAAGAGAUUCCUGGAGCCGAGAGCAUUGACGAGAUGAAGCUUUUCAAGUUGAUAAUUGAAAUGUAUGGUGGAAGUCAACUGGAAUCAUUAGCUGUUCAAGUAGUGUUUUCACGAAUUGCUGCCGACGGUUGGACUGAAAUGGAUCGGGCUCCGGGAACCGAGAAAUCUGAUGAAUCAUGGUUUACAGUACUUGUGGAGACGAUUGAUCUGCUUGAUAUAGCAAUGAAAUCGGCGAAGAAUUCAGUGCUAAAAUCAUUCACUGCACUUUUCUGUCAACUUUUUAGCCAAGUUUUGAAGAAUUCUCAAAAAUUCGUGAGGAAUAGUCUGAACGCGGUCGCGUCGCGUACACUUUCGCCUGAAAUGGAAACUGAAUUUGUGCUCCGCCGUCAUAAAUUGAGUCAGGAUUUGGCAAGAUUAGUAGAUGCAAUGAAGAGGAAUGAAUCGUAUUUUGCAAUGCUGACUGCAUCAAUCAUUGGAGACGCAGUAUUCUAUGGAUCAGACAGUCUACUUGCCAUGUCAAAACUACAUUCACUGGCCGAUAAAAAUGCAUCCGCGUUGCUCGCCACGAAUCUUCCAGUUGUUGAGAGAACCCGAUACAAGAAGUUCCUUUCUACGAUCACGAGGGCUUCGAAGCGAAUUUAUUAAUUGUUUUUUUUGUUAUAAUAUCCAUUUUUAUGUUGUUGAUUGUUCAUCUUGUUCUGUUGAUUUUUAAGUGUUCAAUUAAAAAAUUUAUUCCAAA